GAGCCUGUAGAAGAAUGCAUUAGUCAAGAUUUUCUUCCUCACAAAGUCUUCUUAUAAAACCCGUUACAUUUUUGAUUAUUUUGUUCUUUUUGAUUGUAAUUAAGUGAUUUUUCUACUCAUUUUUUUCAGUAUUUUGUUCCUUUUUUCAGUUAACUAAUAUGACUGAUUCUGACUUUAAAAAUCCAUUGAAUUCUAAAUGGAAAUUGUGGUAUUUAAAGCCAAGUAAAGGUGGUGAUUGGGGAGCUAAUCUGGUGCCGGUAACCACAGUUGGAACUGUUGAAGACUUCUGGGCCCUAAUUAACCACAUUGAACUUCCAAGUAAUCUGGCAGUAGGUUCAGAUUACAGUCUAUUCCGCGAAUCAAUCAAACCUAUGUGGGAGGACAAAGGAAAUUAUAAUGGUGGCCGAUGGCUAAUGACAUUUGAUAAACAAGCUAGAGGAAAGUUAGAUGACUCCUGGCUUGAAGUGCUUUUGUGUCUCAUAGGAGAAGCUUUUGAUGAUGAAAGUGAUCAAGUUUGCGGGGCUGUGGUAAACGUUAGAAGCCGUAUGACAAAAAUAUCAAUUUGGACCUCAAGUUGCGAGGAUAAAGCAAUUAAUAGAAAAAUAGGAAAAAUAGUAAAAUUAAGAACAGGCUACCCUGACAAAAUGUUCUUCGAAAGGCACCGAGACACAGCUGAACGAGGAUCUAAAGGUAUACCUCCCUGGGAUGAAUUGGAAUAGGAAUUCGAUUUUCAUUGUUAAAUAAAUUUAUGUAAAUGGUUAACAAAAGACUUGGCCUGAAAAAAAGCCUACAUUGUAAACUCAUUAUUGAUGCUUAAUUUUGUUACAUUCAAAUGUGGGCUUAUUCUCAAUAAAUUUGAUCAUUUUUCCUUCAUUAUA